GGCGUCACGUCACACUUUUGUUCUUGACCAUGUCGUCGACCGUCCUCAGGCAGGCCUCCACCGCCGCUCGCGCGUUCUCGCGCAAGGCCGCGUUCUCGACGUCCGCGGCGGCGAGGAAAGACUUCGUCCAGGACCUCUACAUCAGGGAACUGAAGUCGUACAAGGCCCCUCCGGCGGCCAAGGACGCCCACGUCGGUGUCGUGAAGCAAUACUCCAUGCCCCCAACCCCCAAGCCCCCCGUCGUCCCGGCCGACCUCGCAUCAGAACUGUCCGCGUACGACGCCAUCGAGCCUGUCGACGCUGCGCCGAAGGUCGCUGAUGGGAGCGCGGCGGAGCAGCUGACAAUGGGUGCCGACACCUUCCUUGCGUUCCUCGAGGCGGACGAGCCCAAGGCGGAGGGCCACCAUUGAUCAGCUUGCGAUGAGGAUGUUGUUCAAGUGAUGGGAAAAUAGAAUGUCUUUUUGCUUCCAGUGAGUGACGACGAGCUCGAUGGGUGGUCAUGAGCAGUCCAACCGCCUAUAAUAUACCGGUACACUCCUCUUCCCC